GUUAUAUACGGAAAAAAAAUCCAAGAAACGGAUUGAGGUGCAUAUUUUCAAACGCAAACCAGUGCAGAGCAAACAAGCACGGUUCAAAUCAGUGGACACAAAACUCAAAAGGCGGCCAAUGCUUGGCACGGUGGUUUUGUUUCUUGCGGCAUGGCCACUUCCCAAUGUCCAGACAGAGGUGGAUUGCAGCAUGACGGUGCCUUCCAACCGGGCCAUGACAUUAGUGAUCUGAUUCACCAUCCCACAUAUUCUUGGCAUUUGAUCGGUUGGCUUGUGUCGUUGGUAUGCGUGGCCGUGGUAUGGAUCGUCACCGUUGUCAUUAUCAUACGACAUGUGCGUCAUUACUGGAAUCCAGACACGCAACGACACAAACUUCGUGUUCUGCUAUACCCACCUGUGUAUUCUACACUAGCAUGGUUUGCUUAUCUGCGCUAUGACUAUUCAACGACCAUCAUGUUCUUUGCCACCGUGUUUGAAGCCUUCGCCGUAUUUAAUCUGUACAAAUGCUUGCAAGCGUACCUACAACCCUUUCGAGACGAAGCAGGCGAUGUAAAGGAACCCAUAACAACCAAAGUCAUGUAUAUUUACAAACUGCAUGUAAAAUCCAAGUGGGGAAUGCAUUACCGCAUCAUUAAUGAUAUUCUUGUGUAUCAGUUUCCUAUAUGGUCGGUGUUGGACGCGUUCAUGUCGAUUUUUGCUGAAUUGAAAGGACGUUACUGUGAAGGCAGUUACUCGUUCAAGGGCGCUUAUGUGUAUCUGACGAUUAUCAACUUUUGUUCAUUGUCGCUGAUUCUUACGGCGUUGUUUGCGUACCUCGCUGUUUACCACGAUGAAUGGCGGCGCGGAAAGAUCAGUGCUCACGGCAUGUUUUGGUGUGUUAAGGGCCCGAUUAUGUUCAUUUUCUAUUUUGGCGAAAUCCUGUUAACCAUUCUAAGCACGGCCAAUGUGAUUCAAGGAACCGAUGGAUCGCAUUCAGCAGAUGGGAUUGCUUGGCCUGCUGCGGCUGUGAAAAAUGGUCUCUAUGUGAUCGUUGUAUGCGGCACUAUGUUGGUGGACGUGUUCUUGAUGGCAAGGUAUUUCGGUCCGCGCGAAGACAUUAAGCAACACGACUCGAAGCUGGAGGGUACAAAGCUGUCCCCGUGGCGAGCUCUCUACGAUGCUUACAUUGCUUACAUCCCCGAAUUCUUCUUUGGACUUUUGUGCUGCGGUUACGACUCGUAUAAAUUGGCGAAAAAGCGCGUAGAACUUCGACGACGAAAGAAGCAGGAGAAACAGCAAACCAACGUUUCCAUGCGUCAAAUUUCUUAGUACUACUUUUUUAAAUUAUUCACAUACUAUUGUCUAUUGUCUAUUUAUAUUUUUAUCUGUAUAUUAAAUUUUAACAUUAUCGAUGUCGAGAAAAGAGAAAAGUACAAGAGGAGUAAAAUCCCGGCAUAUGAAAAAAAAAGAAAGAACAUUCAAAGCAGGUGCCACAUGGUUCAGAAAAAGCCGAUUCGUCGCGGCGUGGUGAUUCCAAACUCCUCCGUGUAAAACUGAAAGCUC